UCUCAUCGUCUGGCUGAUUCAUAAUAACACCGCCGCUUCAACGUUACUCUACCACUUUUUCUAUAUUUCGCUCUGCGUCUGCAGCCAAACGUUCAACUUAAACCGGCUCGCACCACCGUUAUAUGGAAAAUACGGGUCCGCCAGGCGCAUUUAUUCUCUCCUACCCGAGAGGAAGCGCACGGAGGAAAAACGUUUGAGGACUAAAGGAAAGCAGCCGUGAUUCAUGGACGUACCGCGCAUCAUGAGAAUACUACAACUACCAACAAGGGAGGACCUGGCAUGGACCGCUGUAUCUAAAUGAAGUGGUUCAGCCAUGCAAUGUUCCUGGAAGGCAGUGAUUCUACUGGCCUUGGCCUCCAUUGCCAUCCAGUACACGGCCAUCCGGACACUCACCUCCAAGCCUUUCCAGCUGUGCCCGUUGCCCAGCCCCCAGAACUGUGGUCUGGGGGGCCAGGAGACAGAACCUCCCUUUGAGCGGGGAGCAGCAGGCGGUGGCGGCUGCGAGGACUACCCUUACUUUUCCAUCAAUGCCACACGUAAAACGCACAUACUUGUCCUGGCCACCACCCGUAGCGGCUCCUCUUUUGUUGGCCAGCUGCUCAACCAGCACCAGGAGGUAUUCUACCUGUUUGAGCCUCUUUAUCAUGUUCAGACCACACUGAUUCCACGUUUGUCACACAGCCGUAAUGCUGCAGACCGGCGUGUGAUGCUGGGUGCCAGUCGAGACCUCCUGCGUAGCCUGUACGGUUGCGACCUCUAUUUCCUGGAGAGCUAUAUCAAACCGACGCCCACGAACCACACCACAGAUAAACUGUUUCGUCGUGGUGCCAGCCGAGCGUUGUGCCAGCAACCUGUAUGUGAUGCCUUUGGUCCUGCUGAUGUGAAUGUGGAAGAAGGGGACUGUGUUAAGAAAUGUGCGGCUCUAAACAUGACCUUAGCAACAGACUCAUGCCGCGAGAAGCGGCACGUGGCAAUCAAAAUUGUUCGGGUGCCGGAGAUUGGAGAUUUACGCGCUUUGGUAGAAGACCCAAGGCUGAAUAUAAAAGUGAUUCAACUUGUCAGAGACCCACGUGGUAUCCUGUCAUCACGGAUUGAGACAUUCAGGGAUACUUAUCGUCUCUGGCGUAUUUGGAGGGCCACGGGGCGAAGGCCCUAUAAUCUAGACUUGAGUCAGCUUACAGUUGUCUGUGAAGACUUUCUCAACUCUGUUUCGACUGGUCUCAGCCAUCCCUAUUGGCUGAAAGGGAAAUAUAUGUUGGUUCGCUAUGAGGAUUUGGCCAGGAAUCCGCUUCUUAAGACAAAAGAGAUCUAUGACUACCUGGGGCUGCCUAUGGAUAAAAAUGUAGAAGACUGGAUACAUGCAAACACUCGGGGCAGCAAUGAGCCCUCAGCAAAACAUAAGUUUGGUACAGUGAGGGACUCAGCAGCGAAUGCAGAGAGUUGGCGUUUGAAACUGUCUUAUGACAUGGUGGAAUACACACAGACUGUGUGUCAAAAAGUACUUCACCAGCUUGGAUACAAGGCUGUAAGAUCAGUAGAGGAACUAAAAAACAUGUCCCUCUCACUGGUACAGGACAAAACUUUUGUACCUUUUUUGUAACAAAGAUAGUUCUCUAUGACUAUUUUUGAUAUAUUUAUAAUGUUGCCUUAUCAUUUCUUUAGUUUGUUGGUGUUGUUUCUGUAAUUUUGUUUCUUCAAAUUUGCACUGAACCUAAAGAUUUUGAAUGCACCGAAGGGAACCAUAGACAAUUCACCAAUGUUACAGAACAGCACACUUUAUACACAAAGUAAUCAAACAAGCUAGUUUACAAAUGUGUCAUUAUUUAGUUUUUUUCCAUGAACAGAACGAAGAAAAGGCACUGUCUUCAUUAAUUUACUGUAUGCAAGCUGUUGUUUCAACAAACGUAAAAUGUUGCCCUUCAAAAACACGAGAUGGGAGUUGGGACAGGUUUUGGUAAAGCAGACUUGUUUUUGUUUUUUUAGACCAUUGAUGACAAAUUUGGACUGUACAAGCCCUACUGUGCAAUAAAUAGUGAAUGUCGCAGUCAACCUUUACCACUAUGACAUUUCUAUCCAUGUGGGAAGAGAAGAGUACUUCUGACAGAUGCUACGCUUGCAAUGGAUAAUUGCAGACAAUUAAUAGGCUCUCAAGUUAAAGGGACAGAAUCCCACUGGAGGUCACGAGUGUUUAGAACCAUCUGUGAUAGACAAACACUCACUAAUGAGAGAUAAUGUAAAAUGUGUCAUUACUGUAGGUAUUUAGAGAAGACAUCACAUUUAUCAAGAAGAUUACAAUGUGGAUGUAGACAUACUAUAGGUCCUAAUUCAAGUACACACUGUAAUAUUCUGAUGAAGAACUGCAUUCGUCAGUUUUAUUUAAGACUUUAUUUAUUUUUUAAUUUGUCAGUCCAUUUGUUCUAAAUCACUCACAGUGUGAAAUCGACAUGGCCUUUUCUGUCUAAUUAAAAAUGUUUAUGCUACUGUCGUCCA